AAACUGUUGUGUUGUUUGGUUGGUGGUACGUAAUCAUCAGAAAUCAAAAAAUCAAGCUUCUAUUAAAAAGUUGCCGAAAAAGAUAAUAAAAUUCACAAUAAUGUGUUCAUUUACAUUGUUUAUUAAACCUACGUUAAUGCUGUAGACUUAUUACUAUUAAUUUUAUUGUAAUACAGUAAAACAGUUGGAAAGCAGCUGUUUAAAUUUUGUGCAUGUAGCAACAAUUUCUUCAACUUUAAAGAGAUUUUUCAAAGGAUAUGAUCUUUAAAAUGCGUAAAAUUAAUAAUUCCUUCCUUUGGGGGAUUCUUAUUGCUUCUGCGACGUGGAGUGUCUCUCUUUACCUUUAUUGGAUGUUGAAUAAACAUGAUGACAAAUCAUUACAUGACAUUGAAGGAAAGAUACACUAUCGUUUAGUGAACACUGGAGAAAAGGACAGAAUAAAAAACAAUGACAAAUCUAUUGCUGAUUUGGAAGGCAAAAAUCUACUUUUUGAUAGCCCUCGGGUGUAUGAUAGAUUCUCUGCGAGUAAAUGGAAAUCUUUCAAGUCUCGGUCAGAUUAUCAGAGAAAAAUGAUGUUGAAAGAAAAAUUUGCAAAACAACUCGGGAUGAAAAUGUCUGCUCAGCCAGACAAAAGUUUAGAUAAUCAACUGGGAUUAAUACGUAAUGCUGAAGAUGUCAGAACGCGAGAAAAAGGCUAUAAUUUGCACGCAUUCAACACUCUCAUAUCGCAGAGGAUUGGGAAUCAUAGGGGACUUCCAGAUACUCGAAAUAAAAUGUGCCGAAUUCAAAAGUAUGCUGCGAAACUUCCAACAUCGUCAAUAAUCAUAUGCUUCUAUAAUGAACACUUUGAAACACUGAUGCGGUCAGUUCAUUCCAUUUUAGAUAGAACCGAUGCAAGGUAUUUGAAGGAGAUCAUCUUAGUAGAUGACUUCAGUGAUUUGGAAGGACUCAAUGAGAAUGUACAAAAAGCUGUGAACGGGUUAAAUAGUAAAAUGCGUAAAGAGGAGGACAUGCUGGAGACUAAUAACAUUGAUGACAACGUUGUUGACUAUAUUAAUGAUGACAAUAAUGUAGAUAAAAAAACGACUGAUAAAAACUAUGUCAAGCUGACUAAAACAGGGUUAACUAUAAGGUUACUGAGGACUAGCAAAAGGGAAGGGCUCAUUCGGGCAAGGUUGUAUGGUGCUGACAACAGUGUUGGUGAUGUGUUAAUUUUCUUGGAUUCCCAUAUCGAAGUGAAUGUGGACUGGUUGCCUCCGCUGCUCGCUCGUCUCUCCCAAGGUGUGGAUGGGGUCCACAUCCGCUACUCGUCAAGAGCAGUCAUGCCAGUCAUAGACGUGAUCAACGCAGACACCUUCGAAUACAAUGCCAGUCCACUCGUAAGAGGCGGCUUUAAUUGGGGCCUUCACUUCAAAUGGGAUAAUCUCCCUAAAGGAACAUUGAGACAUGAUGAGGACUUCGUGAAACCAAUCAAGUCUCCAACAAUGGCCGGUGGGUUGUUCGCUAUUUACCGCGAGUACUUCAACUACAUCGGAAAAUAUGACCCUGGAAUGAACGUAUGGGGAGGCGAAAACUUGGAAAUAUCUUUCAGGAUCUGGAUGUGUGGGGGCAGCUUAGAGCUGAUUCCCUGUAGCCGCGUGGGCCACGUGUUCCGCAAGCGGCGGCCUUACGGCGUGGGCGACAAGGAGGACCACAUGAUGCGCAAUUCCAUGCGCAUGGCUCGCGUGUGGAUGGACGAAUAUGUGAAAAAAGUAUUCGAGCAAAACCCGUCCGCAGCUCACGUGUCAAUCGGCGACAUAAGCGAGAGACAGGCUCUGCGCGAGUCGCUCAAUUGCAACUCCUUCAAGUGGUACCUGGAUAAUGUAUACCCGGAGCUGGAGACAGGAGAAGACACCGUGGCUAAUAAGAGAGUUGCAGCCCUAAAUGAUCCCGAGAAGAACAAAUUCCAGCCGUGGCACUCCAGGAAACGCAAUUACACAGACUCGUACCAAUUGCGAUUGAAGAACACAACGCUUUGCGCGCAGAGUGCUAAAGACAUCAAGACCAAGGGCAGCGGACUGGUGCUGGCUAGUUGCUUCAGGACCUUGAACCAGAUGUGGUUUGAGACGGAUCGCCAUGAGCUAGUGCUGGGGCGUACUUUGUGUUUGGACGCGUCUAACAACGUGGCCCCCGCCUUAGGGAAAUGCCACGAGCUGGGAGGCUCUCAGGAGUGGAAGCACAAAGGAUCUGCUGGCAGUCCAAUAUACAACACAGCGGCUGGAAUGUGCAUAGGCGUGGAACGAGGGUACCGCUCCGAGCCUCUCAUCAUGGUCAUCUGUGACAACCAGCCCAACAACCAGUGGGAUUUCGUCAGGUCUUAAACCCACCGAUCUGGCAGAUGGAAGACCGACUAGGAAAGCAGGUUCGCGAUAUUGACCUACAGUACCCGGCAAUAAAUAUUGCACAUCGACCUUUGGAAAUAGACAAUCGGUUAAUUUCGGCUCGUAGAGCGUUAUCUCUGUCGCACACUACCUAUACGAUUGACAAAACGUCAUCGACAAAACAUUAUUCAAUGAAAAUAUUGUCCGA